UCUUGUCACACCUGUGUCUGAUCACCUUGUCUGCAUUUAGUCUGUCCCUGAGGUUUUCCUUGUGGCUCUUGCUCCUUCCCUGUAAAUUUUGGACUGUUGAACUGUUUGGAUUUUUGUGUUUUGGACUUUUCAAAAGACCAAUGAUUCUGCCAGCCAAUGGCAUACGUGGAACAAUAUGCCGAGUCGCCACUACUCUGCAGACGUAUCCCCAUCUGCCCUGAGUGAUGUGAUCUCUACACACAUCACAGACUGAUCCACAACAAUGAUGGCACCACAGAUUUUGCGUUUUGGGGACAGAUGGACCAAAACAUCCAGUUUCAAACCCAGAUGGACACCUUCCUGCUGGACUACACCGCGGCAUCGGGCCAGCUCUCGCCUUGGUCCUCUUUCGGGAGCCAGUCCAUGUUCCCGGACGCACAGCUGACCUUUACCGACCUGGACGUGGGCUCCCCAGGGGCGAGCAUCUGUGCUGAGGGUGAGAGCUCCUCAGUGGAAGAUCCCCUGGAGAUGGCCAAGCGCAGGGCGCGGCGACUGGUGCCCCAUCAGCCCUACAAGGUGCAGCGCCACGCCGCCAACAUCCGGGAGAGGAAGAGGAUGCUGAGCAUCAAUUCUGCCUUUGAAGAGCUGCGCUGCCACGUGCCAACCUUUCCCUAUGAGAAGCGACUGUCCAAGAUAGACACGCUGAGACUGGCCAUAGCUUACAUCGCCCUGCUGAGAGAGAUCCUCCUGUCAGGCUGCGACCCCAAAUCAUACGUGGAUGAGUGCAUGAAGAGCGGCUACAAGAACCGAACCAACGCCAUCUGGAACACAAGUGAUCUGACAGCCCGUCUCUCUUGGAUAAAGUGGGAUUAACUGAGGAUCAUGGGGCACCCCAAGUAUUAAGAUUCAGGUUGGUUCCCCUCUCCUUCUCUGUCUACACCUCAAGGACAGGCGGUCGGCAAGCAUGGUGGAACCCCCCCGUUCGACAUCUGCAGACUUCUCACCGGGUCACACACCUCAGGCUUUCUCAACCCUUCCACUCCUGCAUCAUCCAUGGCUUUUAAUAUUCUAAUUUAUUGUUGACUGGUAAUGGAGAGCCAUUGUUUUUAGAGCUGGGGAGGGAGAGAGGGUUGGCAUUGUUUGCCCACAUGGAUGGCACUUGUCCCAGAGAGAGGGGGGCGCACUGGCACCGGACUGAAUGGACUUCCUAAGGGCUCAUACUUCUGCAUGCAGCGCUGAAGUGUUUUCUGGACUGCUGCUCAUUAGUCUGCAAGUCGAUGUGUUAAAAAGAGCCUUGAUCAUGGAAAUGAGACAAUGGAUGCACUGAUCAGGGCAAUGUGUUUUAGCAUGUCAGCUGCUGCUGCCAAACAUGGCAAUGUGGCUUGUAAUGAACUGUUUGUUCCAUGUGCAACUGCUAUCAUCUGCUUUGUUAUUUAUUUAUUUAUGUAUUCUUUUAUUUAUUCUUUUAUUUAUUCUUUUAUUUAUUAUAAUUAUUUCUUAUUUAUAACAACUUGAUUUCUUAGACAUGUAUUUGUACAAACUGAUUGUCUUGUUUUGCAGCUCAAAUGAAACUGUUGUGCUUCUUAUUUUUAUUUAACUGCACAUAAAAAGCUGCUUCAUGCUAAGCUAAUGCGUCAUUUUCCUCACAUGCAUCACCACAGAGGAGCUUUAUAUACAGGAGAUGAGACGUGUAAAAGAUUCCUAAAUACGGAAAUAAAACUGUAUCACUCUUCUUCUUUAAA